AUCCCUGGUUGAUUUUGUUUAUUAUUCGCUAGUGCUUUCCUAAUUCCAUUUAAAUGGACGAAAUCCUCUUUCCCACACAGCAGAAGAGCAACUCCUUGAGCGACGGCGACGAUGUCGAUCUGAAGUUCUUCCAGUCGGCCUCCGGCGAGCGUAAAGACAGCGAAACCUCGGAUCCGGGAAACGAUGCGGAUCGUGAUGGCAAAGAUGCGGAUGGGGACAACGACAACAAGAACACGGACGGAGAUGGUGACUCUGGCGAGCCGGCGCACAAAAAGCUCAAGACUAAGAAGGAACUGGAGGAGGAGGAGCGCGAACGAAUGCAGGUUCUUGUUUCCAACUUUACGGAGGAACAGCUGGAUCGCUACGAAAUGUAUCGUCGCUCAGCCUUUCCGAAGGCCGCAGUCAAGCGUCUAAUGCAAACUAUCACCGGCUGUUCCGUGUCCCAGAAUGUUGUGAUAGCCAUGUCAGGCAUUGCGAAAGUCUUCGUCGGCGAGGUAGUGGAGGAAGCCCUCGACGUGAUGGAGGCCCAAGGAGAGUCCGGUGCCCUGCAGCCCAAAUUCAUACGAGAGGCAGUGCGACGACUGAGGACCAAGGAUCGAAUGCCCAUAGGCCGAUACCAGCAGCCCUAUUUCAGACUGAACUAGCGAGUCGAGGCAUUAAGAAAUAUAGUUUGUAAGACUGUUAGUCAAUGUAAAAAUACAUAAACAAGUAAAAAGUAAAUAAAUAUAAAGAUUUUUUCAACAAG